CCUCUGUGGAACAUCUGGGAAGGUCAGUGAUAUCACCUGUUCAGAGUCAAACCUUGGACCUUCUCAGACGGUACAUUUUCACCAUGAGUGGGUGCCCAUUUUUAGGAAACAACUUUGGAUGUGCUUUUAAAAAAUUGUCCAUAGAAGGCAGUGAAGACGACAAAUCACAAACCGGUGUGAAUAGAGCCAGCAAAGGAGGACUUAUCUAUGGAAACUACCUGCAUUUGGAAAAGGUUUUGAACGCACAAGAACUUCAAAGUGAAAUAAAAGGAAAUAAAAUCCAUGACGAACAUCUUUUUAUCAUAACUCAUCAAGCUUAUGAACUCUGGUUUAAGCAAAUCCUCUGGGAAUUAGAUUCUGUCCGAGAGAUCUUUCAGAACGGCCAUGUGAGUUAUUAUAUCACAAUAUUGGAUUUAUAUAUAUAUAUACAUAUAUAUAUCAUUACAGUGAUUUACAAUGUCAACUCCUGUCAUCUUUCUUUUCUCUUCCCUUCCUCCUUUUAUUCUCAAAGAGAGUACUUAUCUCCAGCCUCAGGCUUCCAGAGUUUGCAAUUCCGACUGUUAGAAAACAAGAUAGGUGUUCUUCAGAGUUUGAGGGUCCCUUACAACAGAAGACAUUAUCGUGAUAACUUCAGAGGAGAAGAUAAUGAACUGCUACUUAAAUCCGAGCAGGAAAAAACACUACUUCAACUAGUGGAGGCGUGGCUGGAAAGAACACCAGGUUUGGAGCCACAUGGAUUUAACUUCUGGGGAAAGCUUGAAAACAACAUUCUCAAGGGCCUGGAAGAAGAAUUCACAAGAAUUCAGGCUAAGGAAGAAUCGGAGGAAAAGGAGGAACAAAUGGCUGAAUUUCGGAAACAAAAAGAGGUGUUACUCUCCUUAUUUGAUGAGAAACGUCAUGAACAUCUCCUCAGUAAAGGUGAAAGAAGACUGUCAUACAGAGCACUUCAGGGGGCCUUGAUGAUAUAUUUUUACAGGGAAGAGCCUAGAUUCCAAGUCCCUUUUCAAUUGCUGACUUCUCUCAUGGACAUAGACGCACUCAUGACCAAAUGGAGAUAUAACCAUGUGUGCAUGGUGCACAGAAUGCUGGGCAGCAAAGCUGGCACUGGUGGGUCCUCUGGUUAUCAGUAUCUGCGCUCAACAGUCAGUGACAGGUACAAGGUGUUUGUAGAUUUAUUUAAUCUUUCAACAUAUCUGGUUCCCCGACACUGGAUACCGAAGAUGAACCCAAUUAUUCAUAAAUUCCUUUACACGGCUGAAUAUUGUGACAGCUCUUACUUCAGCAGUGAUGAAUCAGAUUAAACUCAUCUCCAGAUCUAUGAAGGCAUCGAUUUCUCAGUCUGUGUUUUUUAAAAUUUUCUAUGAGUUGUCAUGAUACAUCAAGAGUCCUAAUGUAAUAUAUGUAUAUAUAUAUAUAGGUAAGCAUUGUGGUGCUCUGAUUCAAUUCUGUAAAUAAUUUUAUUAACUCAUUUUUGUAAUAAUGAAUUAAAGAAAUUAAUUCAGCUGAAUUGUAACAUUGUACAUAGAAGGUUUUCCUAUUAAAACCUCAAUGUCCCCUAAUAAUUACACUUUAAGGUAAACCAUUUAACAUAAUAAUCAUUAUCUCAUUUUGUACUUUAAUAAGCUUGAAACUUCAGCAAUUUCAAAUACUUUGUGCAAUAAAAUGUGUCAUUCUACACAAAGAGUUGUACAAUCAAAAAGUUUAA